AAAUUAUUACAGAAAGGAAAGCACAGGUCAAUGCUGCAUAGGAGAAAAUGAAUAGCAGCAUCUCUGUUAAGACACCAAAGUUACUUAUGAAUAAAUCUAGUUUAACAGGGAACAAAAACACACAAAAAUCUUCUUCUAAUUGGAUGGCGAAUCUUGGUCUGGUACCUAAGGAGGCAUCAUCCGGGCAAGACCUGCCACAGAAGAGGCCGGCUUAUGUUCAAAAUGGCAUCAGCGAAGAUGUCAAGCGGCUUGCUACUGCAGCUCUAUCUGUAGUCAAAGAUGCUGCUGUCGUUACUGCAACUGUUGUAGGCAGGGGAAAAGUAGAGGUAAAACACUAUCCUUUCAAAUGGAUAUGGGAAUCGGUUGCUUGAUGUUUUUAAUAAGAUCUACAGUUGUCUUUAUGCAUCA